AUGGUAAUUUUGGGAUCCUACCAAAAAUCCAUUGGUCAGGAGAGAGCUAUAUCAUUCUCCCAACCAUCAGUGUCCCGAGCUAUCCACGAAGUCUCAAAGGUAAUUGAUAAUCAUCUGGCACCCCGGUUCAUCAAAUUCCCAACGGCUCAGCACAGAAAAAACCAAAUAAAGGAAGAUUUCUACAGAAAAUUCUUACUGCCUGGCAUCAUAGGCUGCAUUGAUUGCACUCAUGUAUCUAUCAAAAGACCAAAAAGGGAAAUCGAACAAGCGUAUUAUGCGGUAAGGAAAGCUGCACAUACAAAAAACGUUCAAGUGAUAUGUGACGCCAAUUACACUAUUCUGAACGUGAAUGCGAAGUUUGGUGGAGCGUCCCAUGACAGUCACGUCUUCAGAUCAUCCAAUGUUAGUGAAAUUUUGAGAGAAAGACACGUUCACAAUGAGAGAAACAGCUGGUUAUUAGGAGACAGUGGAUAUGCCCAAAUGCCAUAUUUAAUGACACCAGUUGCAAAUCCACAGUCUCCUAGGGAGGAAGCCUAUAACAGAGCACACAAAAAAGCGCGUUGCACGGUUGAAAGAUGCAUAGGUGUCCUUAAAUCCAGAUUCCGAUGUCUUUCUAGGCAAAGGAUUUUGAUGUACUCCCCGAACAGGGCAGGUGCAAUUAUUAACGCAUGCUCUACUCUUCAUAACAUCAUGAUCGCAGAAGGAUAUCCAUUGCCAUCCGAGGAGGAAAUAUUAGAAGAAGUAGUAAACGAUGAGAAUGCUGAGCAUCUCCAGCAUGGAGAAACAGAAAUUGAUUCCGUAGCUUUGCUUGAGGAGGGAAGGCGACAAAGAUUAAAUCUUAUUCAAAGUUAUUUUUAA